AUGGUAUUUCAAUUCAAUGAAAAAGAUCAUGAUGGAUAUAUAGAGGGUGAAGACGUAGAAGAAGCAAGUGACGAAGAUGGAUCAGUUGCUGAGCUGACUGAGGCAUUCGCCCAUCUCGAAGCUAAUAAUGAAACAUGGAGUGUGAGGAUGGCUCAUUUGGGAAGCAGGAUAGAUCUAGCCGUUGAGACGGCAAGGCAAGGCCAGAGUUCCCAACAAAUUUUGAAGGAUCUCCACGAAGUAGGCCAUAGGAACGUUGGUUUUCUUGGAGAGGAUGAUGGUAGAUACCCAUUCUAUGCAUUGUACCAGGGUCCUGAAGCAACAUAA